GUCCUCCGCGCUCCCACAAUCCUUAGCUCCUUCCGUCGCCCAUGGUCACCUGUCCGUUCUUCCGGUGGCGAUGGCUGCGGCCGUGGCUGCGAAGCUGCGAGGGGGUCUCCUGCCCCAGGCGGGUUGGCUGCCCACCCUCCAGACCGUACGCCAUGGCUCCAAAGCUGUGACCCGCCACCGUCGUGUCAUGCACUUUCAGCGGCAGAAGCUGAUGGCUGUAACUGAGUAUAUCCCCCCAAAGCCUGCCAUAAGCCCCAGAUGUCUACCACCUCCACCCAAGCCCCCCAAGGAGGAGUCAGCUCUCAUCCGGCUCCUUCGUCAGGAGAUAGCAGUGGUGUUCCGAGACAACCGAAUGAUUGCUGUCUGCCAGAAUGUGGCCAUGAGCACGGAGGACAAGCUUCUUAUCCGGCACCAGCUGCAGAAACACAAGAUCUCGAUGAAGAUCUUCCCCAACGAGGUUCUGAGGCCCUUUCUGAAGGAAUCCAAGUACCAAAAUCUGCUGCCCCUUUUUGUGGGGCACAACCUGCUGCUGGUCAGUGAAGAGCCCAAGGCCAAGGAGAUGGUGCGGAUCCUAAAGAGUGUGCCUUUCAUGCCAUUGCUAGGUGGCUGCAUCGAUGACACCAUCCUCAGCAGAGAGGGAUUCAUCAACUACGCUAAGCUGCCCAGCCUGACCCUGCUGCAGGGGGAGCUGGUAGGGGGGCUCACACUCCUCACAACCUACACCCACUCCCUGCUUCGGCACCAGCCUAUCCAGCUGACUGCCCUGUUGGAUCAGUACGUCACACAGCAACAAGCGGGGGAUUCUGUCGUGUCGGCCAGUGGGAAGGCAGAUCCUCCUGAUGCUGCUCCAGACUCCUAGCUAGCCUGUUUGAUGUAGCACCGCCCCUAAGUACGCUUUGGCCCUAGUGCCUGUGCUGCCCUCCUGCCGAGCUGUGGAAGAACUUGGGGCAAGGGAUUGGCACAUGUGACUGGGCUUUCAGUCAGGAUGACCUCCUUGGGUACAGGACCACUUGAAAAUGUGGAAAAGUCCCAUUUCAGAAUGAGGGUGGGGCUGGGGAGAUGGCUUGGAGGUUAAAGGCAUUUGCUUACAAAGCCUGCUGGUCUGGGUUCAGCUCCCCUGUCGCUCAUGCAAAGCCAGAGUUUGGUGUUAGUUUGCAGCAGCAAGAGACCCUGGCAUGCCCAUACACACACACCAACAUGAGCGUAUGUGUAAAUAAAUGAAAAUAAAAAGAAGGAAGGCUGUUCCCUGUCUCUUGUUUCACUUAUCACUUGUCCUUAGUUUUUCUAACUUGGGGCCUGGUAAGAGCAAAGUCUCCUUCAGUUUUCCAGGUACAAGGCAAAGGCUGAGGAGGAUCCUGCCCUACCCUUCUUGUCUGCGCUUGCGCUGUGUGAUACAACCUGCCCCAAAAUACCACUGAGGAAUUAAAUUGAAAGGUACCUCUUGAAAGCUACUGUGGGCCAGGCUUCAUGCUAAACACAUACAUAUGUCGGCUCCUUUAUUUGUAAGUGGCAGAAUAGGGACUUGAAUCAGGUUUUCUGUUUUGAAACCCUGAAUUUCCACAUGAGAGCUUGCUCAUUGGGUGCCUGGUGGGCUCAGAUGUUUGAGUCCCACCCAUGGGGUGUGCUGUAUUGUGAAAAGGAUGAGAACACUUUCUGGUAAAAUAAAAAAUGCAUUCUGCAGACUCUUGUUUACACAA